AUGUCUAAACAAACUAUUUCACCAGAAGAGGUACAAACGCCACCUGGUGUUAUAAAGUUGGAAGUUGAUAAUAGCAUAAGUGCAAACACCUCAGAAAUCGAGCUGGAUUCUACUUCAACUGUACAGGACAAGACAGAACUAAAAAAAGGAAAAAACCCAAAAUAUUUUUUUCCUAUUCCUGCAUUGCAGAUUAUUGAAGAGAAAGCAGCAGAAGAUAGGAAAGAAAAAGAGGGGCCAACUGAAAGCCCUAAGGAAGAAUUGCAAUCUUCCAUUAAGGAUGAAAAGACGGCACAAACGGUAGUACCAGUUCGACGUAUUCCUAGCCUGCAGCAAAGCUUCGAUAGUGCUGAAACUCCGAUCUCAGAAUUCGCUCGCUGUUCAGUGUUACAGCAAACAUUGAGCUUUGCUGGUGAACAAAUUAAGAGUAGAAUCGAGGAGUUAUUUCGAGAGUCCGAGUUGAAUUUAGUAAGGAAGAUAGAAGAUCUUAUUUCUGAAGCGCCCAUUAAGGUGUCUAAAAUCAAUAGUAGUAACAGGUUAACAUCCACUAAAGGCGCUACUUUGUUGACUCCUUUUGAUCCGGUUGCAGGCGUUGAACGUUAUUUCUCGCAGACGAAACUAUUGGUCCCUGAUUGGAUGGGCGCAGAGAAGGGUAGAAUUGAACAGCCGAAACAUCUCUUAGCGAUAACUUUUUUGCUGUCGUUACAAAUAAGUGCCAUAAUCUUCACCCUUUUUUGCUUUAUUAACGUGUUUUGUUGGUUUCUUUUUAUACCGUACUUUAUCUUCAUCCUCUUUGACUUCGAAACUUCCCAAAAUGGCGUUGGCCGUCGUUUUGAAUUUUUAAGGAAAUCUAAGCUUUUGAAAUGGUCUGCGCAAUAUUUUCCUGUAAGGUUACACAAAACUAGCGAGUUACCCCCCACGAAGAAAUAUUUGUUUGCUUAUCAUCCUCAUGGCAUCCUUGGACUCGGGGCGGUCCUUUCCUUUGCUACUAGCGCUUGUGGUGUAGACAAGCUUUUUCCAGGUCUCACUAUAUUUCCUUUAACCCUCAAGCUAAAUUUCCUGAUCCCCUUCUAUAGAGACUUUUUGCUUGGUCUUGGGUUGGCGAACGUCAGCAAAACGUCUAUUAAAAAUAUUCUUAAAGAAACAUCGCCUGCGGGUCACUCGUGCUUAAUAGUGGUUGGUGGGGCUGCUGAGUCCCUGGACGCCUCUCCGCGCACAAUGGACUUGACUCUACUGAAAAGGAAAGGAUUUAUUCGAAUGGCCAUAAUAAACGGUGCUUGCCUUGUGCCCGUCAUUGGAUUCGGUGAAAAUGACUUGUGGAGCCAAGCCAGGAAUCCACGCGGGUCACUAUUGAGAAGUGUUCAGCAAAAUAUUAAACAAAUUUUAAAUGAGGGCUUUAAAAUUUUGGUGUCCUCUAACUUUCUAACUUUUUUAACAUUCUGCUGUUUUACCGUUCCUUUAUUUUAUGGACGAGGACUUCUCAAUCACAAGUUCGGCUUUUUGCCCCGUAAAGUACCCAUCAAUGUCGUCGUUGGAAAACCCGUAGAAUGCAAAAAAAAUCCUUUUCCUUCAGAGGCGGAACUGAAUGAAUGCCAUUCGCGCUACGUAAAAGAACUGCAAGAAUUAUACGACCGAUACAAAGAGGUUUAUGACAGAGAUAGGAAAAAAGAUAUGACCUUUGUAGAGUAAAUAGUAGUUUAUAUUAUGAAAGGAAACCUUAAGCGGAAGUCAACUUCUAUUCAUUCCCCGAUCAGUUGUAAUAAAAAAAAAAACGAAAACUUAAAAGAGCGCUUAUUUUUAUGCAGCAAUGGUUUGGGCUCUUCUUGUACUAGACAAGUGAGGGAAUUGCUGUAUGACUAUCCCUGCGUAACAGAUAACUUUCUUAAUAUUAAACUACAAAUGACUUCUGCUUAAAAGCUGUCAGAGUAACUUCCAA